UUAGAGGCUGAGCAUCUACUGAUUUGUACACAAUAUAUCGUAGCCGCUACACAUGGCAUAUGCGAAACUUCGGGAGAGCCUUUCACGUGACGGUAACGCUGGGAAUCAUUAUAAUAAACUGGUAGACACGGAUGUCAUGCGGAGCUAUCAAGUUAGCGAACAUGGAGUGAUUGCAGUGACAGCCCUGAUUUAACUUUCAUCGGUUGAUCCUGGUUUAAACGAAAGCGUGGUUAGUUCUCGAGUCUGCCCUUUGUACGCCCUCUGUUUAUUUUGAAGGAGUGCUACUACUAAGGCAGGCCCCGCGUCUCUCUGAGCCAGUGAACCAAGUCAGGACGCUCGGCGAUGGAGACCCAAGCGUUUAUACGUACGCCAUUGCGUUCCUCCAGAGAGCUGUUGCUUUUGCUGAUGGUGUUUACGUCUAGCGGACACAUAGCGAAAGGCGAAAGUGUCGCUACGGUGGCCAAGCUUCUCAACGAAAUGCACACCAGUGCACUCAGUGCCGCAACGAUGGUAGACAGCAGAACGCUUUUCGGAACGACGGACGCCUUCCCUAAAUCUCAGUCAAGCGGCCCGAGUGCCGUUCCUAAAGGCGCUCCCCUUUCCGUCGUGACAGCGUCCAAGAUGAUGGACACCGCCGGGCAUCCAUCUGGUGACAAGUGGGACGUGGUCGGCGUCAUAGCGACGUCACUGAAAUCAACGACCGCCGAUGAUGCUGCAGCGAGAACGUCUAUGACAAGUGUAGCAAACAUUUCUACUUUGACGGGAACGAACCAGACUGUGGUUGAGGCCGUCCCUCCCAACUCAUCGCAUUACUUCACAAGCAGUGGCGCGACGACAAGAAGCACCACGCGGCCACCGGAAACGUCGAGGAUCCGGGCUCUGAUCACCAAGGGUCUGUCCACCAUGAGCGGGAGACUCAUGCGGCGGCUACUUCAGGCUGACAUCUCGGCGGAAUGCAGCCUCGGUGUGCUUCACUUCAUGCGCGCCAUCCAGACGCUCGAGCCAUGGGCCUUCAGGCUGGUCGACGCGACGGCUAAGUAUCCUACAGGCCUGCUGCAAGCGUCCACGGCCAAUUUGGGAGCAUACGACGAGUGCAUCGAGACCGUUGCGAGGGAUGAGUACGGCAUAGAAAAGGCUCGUGGACAAUACUGCAACGUGCAUCUCGCAAUCGGGGAAGACAGCCCGAUUAUCGGCGAGAUCAUGCCAGCGGUGAUGCUUUCACACAAGAGAACGAUAAAUUUCACAGAGUAUAUGACAGACGAAAGACUGCCUGGGCUUCGUCUCGGGAUCUGCUUCAUCGCGGCCUGCAGCGAGCAAGACCUCUCUAACAUCGGUCGCAGCUUAAUAGGCCCUUCCACCAGAAUUACGGUGAAGAACUGCGUGACAAGUGUGAACGGAGGGAUAACCGGCUCUCAGGCCUGGAUCUUAGCUUUUUUAGCCAUUCUUGUAACUGCAAUUGUUGUGGCAACAGCCUUCGAACUAUUCACCAGCAAAUGGGACGUUAAGCGGAAGAAUGCCAUCCCUUACAAGUGCUUCAUAGCGUUCUCCGUAGUGGAAAACACAAGGAUAAUCUUGAAGGUCAACGAGGACAAGAGUUCCGACAGCUACGCCUAUCGUUUUGUUCAUGGAAUUAGGUUCCUCAGUAUUUUCUGGAUUUGCCUCGGACAUUCCUACGCAAUCAUCACAGAAAAUAUAACAAGGCUACUUAACGCUCUGCACUAUUUCGAGCGCUGGGAAACGAUGAUAGUAACGGCCGGCUACCAAGGCGUAGACAGUUUCUUCUUUUUCAGCGGAUUUCUGCUCUAUUUCGUGCUCAGGAAGCAGAAGCACGACCAACUAGUCGUCGCUGUGGUUGCUAUUAUCAGAAGAUUUAUUAGGUGCACCGUGCCCUUGUUUUUUAUGAUAAUGUGUAUGUACCUUCUACCACUUAUUGCGUCUGGCCCCAACACCAAAGAAUUCUAUAAGAAGUUCUACUCCGAAGUUCGGAAUCACUGGUGGGGCCUACUCAUUCAGAUACGAAAUUGGAGAGGAGGAUCUGAAGUGUCGACCAUGUUGCACUUGUGGUACCUUUCUGCAGACUACCAGCUGUUUCUAGUGGCCGUCAUUGUGAUUCAGACGUGUAAAACACGAAAUCGGCUGGCUGCAUCGAUCUUCGUAUUGCUCUCGCUCGCAUCUUGUGCAAUAGCUGCGUGGCAAAUUUACGGCACCAACAUGACGCCAUUCAUGGUCCUAGUGCAAGGUUCGUACAGCACUGUCGUGGACACGAUGGACCACUACUACAUGCUUCCGUUUUACCACGGAGUGUGCUUCUUCUCAGGCUGCAUCACUUUUCUCAUCGUAGAGAAAUACGGGAAAGCCAACAUUUCCAAGAUGAUGCAGGCCUCUCUGUGGUGCAUAUGCCUCUUCUGCGGCCUGUAUUGCCUAUUCAUGAAGAUUGAAUGGUACAGCAAGAGUGAACGUGUCAGCGAGACGAAGAGACUUUUCCACGCUUUCACCGACCGCAUCAUCUGGUCUGUUUGCAUCGCUUGCAUCGCCUUCACCUGCGCUACUGGGCGUGGAGGAAUUGUGAACCGCUUUCUUUCCUGGAACGGCUUUGUGCCCUUAAGCCAUCUCUCAUUUGGAGUGUACCUGAUUCACUACCCUGUCUUCCUUCUGACGCACCAUGUCGCCAGAGAACGCAUCUUCUAUUCCCACUUCACUCUGGUAUCCCAGUGCUUCGCAGUGGUGGUUUGGAGCUACAUCCUAAGCUACUUCCUCUUCAUCACGUGCGAAGCUCCUACCGGUCACUUGGAGAAGCUUGUGUUCAUGCGCGAACGGCGGACAGGCGCCGUGUGUACCAACGGUGCGACAAACGGGGCCACUCAAAAUGGCGUCAGCGCCAACAACGCCAACCACCUGGCCGUCGGGAGCAUCGCGACCGGUACCAUCAAGAAGUUUCUGAGCGGGGCACCUACCUCGAAGGGAGCAGUAGCAGGCAGCGAAGAAAGCCGCACCAGAAAAUGCAACAGAUUCUGACGGAAACUGCGCUGAACUUUGCCCUCUCUCUGCAGAGUCUACCGAGUGUGGCAAUUCUAUAGUGACACUUUUAUUAUCCCGGUGCAACUCGCCGAUAGCAUUGUCGUUGGACCACCAGUGCGUGAACUGUGAAGUGUUGCGCGUGUGUACGUGCGAAAGAUACGUGAAAACAAACUCGGUGGUAUUGUGGCGAUUUUUCUGUCUCAAGAAAAUGUUUUGCCGCAGCAGCUGGAGUAUUUACGUGCAGUCACUCAGCCUUUCACACGACCUUGCAAUCAUUUCUCACCUGAAUGCUCACCACUCUGCCAAACACUUUGACAGUGGGCUGCAUUUUGAAAUUUUCCAGCCAUUUUCAUGUGCUGUAUACAGGCGUAUUAAAGUAAUACUUGCGUUUAUGAAAUGUAGUGAAACAUUUAAGCCGCUUGUGAAGAAUGAAUGAUAUUAUAAUAUUGACAUUCAAUAUAAUAUUAUGGUUGCCCUUCCUGUCUAGCUAAAAAGCACCAUGUCAUUGGACGUUUACAUACAAAUCACCACACUGCUGCAUCAGAAACUCACGUCAUGCAACGCAUGGUUUUACUCACGCAUAAACACAUUCAUGGUGCGGUGCUUGUGAUAGAAAAAGUGUCUUUCUGUGAUUGAAGUGGAGAACGCUCUUUCUGAAACCACAGACAACGCUCACCGCAGUUACUAGGAGGCCGAUGCGUCUUACGCCUAUGGGUAGGUAGGCCUUUUCAAGUAGAACGUGACAAAUGCAAGUUUCUCAGUACGACUGCCUCACCGAACUUAAGGUGAGUGAUGACUGCGUACAUCUCAUUGCUACAAGGACCAUUUUUUGUCGGUUUGCUAUGAACUAAUCCCUUACCACUCGCGCUGCCAUCCGCCCAAAUGUUCGGGAAACCUCAUCGACAUCAAGUGUUAAUUUCACGCAGAGUUCGUAAACUUGCGUUGCACACAUGAGUUUUAAAAAGCAAGCGUAAAGCAUGUAUGCUAAAUUUUAAAGACAGCACGUAAUAGUAUUUCUUUUAAUUUGAGUCACCUGGAAUUCGCCAGAAGUGCCGGGUCACGUAAGUCACAAUUACGCAUGUAUUCAUCCUUGGGUUGGUUGUCAAAGAGUCACAUAGCGCGCGAAUAAAUCUAAUACCCCUACCCCUUUUCAGGCGUACCGGUAAACUAAGAAGUGGUUGGUGCCUUUGAAUAGAGGAGCCUCGGCUAAACGUUAUUUACUUUUGGUCUCAGUUCUCGCCACAACGCAACAUGAAUCAUCUAGGUCAGUUUCCGCUUGCUUUGAGCACAAGCUACGCGAUGAGGUAACGGAACAAGUAUGUCGGAAGUAAUUAUGAUGACCGACAGAAAGACAGUGAUUCGAAGAGCCUACUACAUCGCGUGCACUACCCAAAGUAAAGAUUCGUUUGAAAAAAGUGUAAUAAUUACCUAGGAUACAUAUCGUGGUGUCGGGGUAAUGUUUCAUGCGACUGAACUUUUUACUUUA